AGUCUGCGCACAAACGAAUACAGCGCCGAUAAAGCCGUCAUCGAAAGGGAGUAUUUUUUUUUUUUUUUUUUUAAAAAAAAAUGAAAACGUAUCAACAGGGAUCUGUUCCAUUCCGUGUGAUGUGCAACGUAUUGAGCCGCGAAAAAAGUCACCACAGCUAGAUGCACAAGCCGUGCUUUUUCCCAUACUGUAAAAAUAACAAAGAGUAACUUUGACACAAAUCUUCGAUAAUAAUCCGAUUGAAAAUCGGUCAUGUUCGAGAGGAUGUUCGUGAGUUUCACAGUAACGUGCGUCCUAGCUCUUUCAACCCCCUCGUCUUGUGAAGUGCACCUUGGAGAAAUCGUGUCCCUCUCUGCCUUUUGCACCGAACUGAAUAAAGAGACUUUCUGCACAGAGCAGUGCACCAACAUGGCUCGAAUGGCCAUUCAGAGGAUUUGUCAGGACCGCAGACUGUCGAAAACAUACACCGCACUAACCCAGUGCGAACACGCAAAAGCUGGAAUCUGCCGCUGGUUCAGAUGCCGCUGCAUGGACCCUUCCUCCUCAGAGCCCACCUCGCAGAUUUCUCUUCGUUAUUGUAAAAAAACCCUCCUAAAAUAUUUCGAACUGAACGAGGAACUUGGAACGAAUGGGUUUGAGGAAUAUUGAAGCUUUUAUAAGUCGAAAGCGUGAAUCUGCUAUCGAUAUUUUCUAAUUUGAAACCGCAUCGUAAAGAAUCGAUUACUAAUGACUUCAUAACAGUCGAUACUUUUCCAUACGUUUAAAUGGCAGAAAGACCGAUUCAUCGCAAGACACACUUUCUGGAGCGCGUCGUAAAAUCGGUUAAUGACCUCAAGUCAUUACUAUGCAAAUUUCUACCGAUUUUACGACGCGCCCCAGAAAGUGUGGGAAUCCGGAAGGGAUCACCGACAAACACAGAAAAAUUUGAGACAAGGAAGUGAAAAAACCAGACGGGUCAAGCUGAAAAAAGAGACUGGAGCGGCGUCUAAAGGACGCCGCUGACGAUAGGGAGGAUUGGAGAGUUUGAUAUUACUAAUUUUCUGGUUUCGUAAACUGGAAAUUUUCCCAGGGUGCUUGUUGAUGUUGGUCCCGGGGUCCCGGUUGGGGGAGUGAACAGAUUGGCCCAGAUAUUCCGGACCACAUUUCACCAAAAACUGCUGUUUGUCAAACCGCCGUCAACACCUACCAAGCGGCGAGUAGGCCUUCGGCCAUGCUCGGCAAUCUUCGUAGCCAAUCAGGUUGCCGCUCACCGCCCGUAAUCUCGAAGAAGGUUCGGCUCCUACACCACCCUACACUCUUCGAAUUUUGGAUUUUGGCAUUCGGUCUAAUUCUCUUUUCCUCUUUUCCGUAAUUAAUAACAAUAAAAAAUUCAUUUAAUCAUUA